CAGAAAAAGUGUUUCAAAAACCCUCCAAUUCCAAUCUGUAUUUCCCUCUACGAGACACAGAGUAGUUCUGUUGGGAGCAUGGACGCCUUCCUUUGCUGAAGUAAAUCCGCACCGUUUUGUAAUCUCGCACCUCAUUUCGGUCUUCUGCAAAAUUUAUCUGAGUUCACCGUUUGGUUAUCUCUGAGACAUGGACAGGCGGCUCAACGGACUCACCGUUCCGUCGAGUUCCAACGGCGGCACCGCCGCAGUAAGAUCUUCAUCUCCGACGCUGCAACCGAACUACAGUAGCCGACUAGUUCAGGAUACACUGGAACACAUGGCAUCCAUCGAUCUGAUUGACUUGUGCAAAGAAGCCAAAGUUGAGCGCUGCCGGGCAACUCGAGACUUGAGAAGCUGUGGUCGCUAUGUCCAUCAUGUCUUGAAUUCAUGUGGGCACGCUUCUUUAUGUGAGGAAUGUAGUCAACGGUGUGAUAUCUGUCCAAUUUGUAGAGUCCCAAUAUCUAAAAGUGGUGCUAAACUGCAUCUCCGACUUUAUUAUGAGUGCAUUGAAGCUGGCCUUAUUUCAAAAAGGUUUGAUGAGAGAUUUCAAGAAAUAGAAGACGGGGAGAAACAACUAAAUGCUGAUGUCCAUCAUCUUUAUUCUUUGUUUGAUGUUGCGCUUGAGAAUAACUUGGUUUCUUUAAUUUGCCAUUACAUCACAGAUGUCUGUAUGGAUGAAACUGCUGUUUCCAGUGAUCCUGUCAUAGCGUUUUUGUUGGAUGAAGUGGUAGUGAAGGACUGGUGCAAGAGAACGUUCAAAAACAUCAUUACUGAACUGCAGGGAAUUUAUAAUAUGGAUGUUUAUGCCAUGAAAGAGAGACUGAGUUUACUUCUGAAAUUUUCAUUACACUUGAAAGGCAUAUCAAAUGUGCUAGACAUUUUGGAUUCAUCUUUUAAGGGUACUCUUUCAGCACAACUUCAUGAUUUGCACCAUCUCCAAGAGAGCAUCUUAAAGACAAAGCAGCAUAUGGAUAUUAUUAUUUGGUGUAUAAGACAUGAAUUUUUGGAGGGAGUGAGAUCACGUUUUACUGAUAGUUCAUCAUGGUCAUUGGAUGUUCGGAUGCGGAAAUCAGAAGCAAUAAGACGAUCCUGGCCUGAUGCAAUAAAUCAAUCUAUGGAGUCAUCGGGACAUGAUGGGUCUCUAUUUAUUGAAGAUGCAUUGAAUAAUCUUGAUCUGGAGGAGGGGUUUAUGAAUGGAACCGUGGAAGGAUUAGAAAUUGCAUCCUUGCAAAAGGAUGGUGCAUCAUUUUUUGGGUCAAAUACUGACCAGGUGCUGGGUUAUUACCCAUUCAAAAAUCUACGUUCUGCUGCUGACUUGCUCUUUUUACAUGGAGGCUCUGAUAUGGUGAUUGCUAAACAGGCCAUUUUUCUGUAUUAUUUGUAUGAUCGUCACUGGACAAUUCCUGAAGAAGAGUGGACAUUCAUACUGGAGGAUUUCGCAGCUACAUUUAGUAUUAGUAGGCACUCAUUACUUGAGUCUUUGACUUUUUAUCUUUUGGAUGAUCACACAGAGGAGGCUUUACAGGAAGCUUGUCGCCUUCUUCCUGAAAUAACUGGUCCAACAUCACAUCCUAAAAUUGCCGAAGUACUGCUAGAAAGGGGUAGCCCUGAUACAGCUCUCAUGGUUUUGAGGUGGGCCGGGCGUGAUGGUGGACCACAUAUGACUUCACUCAGGGAUGCUGUCACUGCAGUGCGGGUGAGGGUUGAGUGUGGGCUUCUGACUGAAGCAUUUAUGCAUCAGAGAAUUCUCUCCACCAGAGUGAAGGAAAAGAAUUUCAAUAAAAGAGCAUCUGGGGAUGCCUCUCAGAAACUAAAAGGCCAAUGUAGUAAUUGGGUGGAGGUCCUGGUGACUGAGAUUUGUUGCCUCUGUAUUAGGAGGAACUUGGUGGAUCGAAUGGUAGAAUUGCCAUGGAAUUCUGAGGAAGAGGUGUACAUACAUAAAUGUCUUUUUGAUUUUGCUAUUGAAGACCCGAUAAGGACAACUGGAAAUCUACUUGUGGUGUUUUAUUUUCAGCGCCACAGAUACUCAGAAGCAUAUCAAGUUCAUAUUAAACUUGAAAAGGUGGAGCAAGACAGCAUUUCAAAAGGUUCUGUAAGUGAGGAGUUUCUGCCAAAAUUAGAAAAGGCUAUUCAGUGGAGAAGCAAUUUGAUUAAUAGAUGCUUGGAGUUGUUGCCAGAAGUUGAGCAGCAGCAACUGAGGAGUGGAAACUUGACUGAGGGUGCUGUGAGUUCUUCUGAAGAAGUUGAAGUUCCGGACAAAUUUGAUAUUCCUCAGAUUCCGGAUUCCUUGUCCACCAGUUUAUUGAUUCCUUCAUCUGUAAAUUCUUCCCUCUUGUUGCAUAGAGACCAUGGCUUGUUGAGUUCAUUGACUUUUGGAAUUUCGGCCAAAAUAGGCAUGUCUUUCCCCAAUACUGGCCCUGAGCUUGCUAAUUUUGGUUCCUCGUCUCAUCAUCAUGAUGGGUUUUUUACCAGUAGUGAGAGGGUUCUAAGUCAUCAAGGUAAAAUUGCCAAAAAUUUUAGAUUUGAUAAUACUCCAACGAAUAAUAGGAUCCAUUUCAUGAAUGGUUCACCUCUCAAGGGAUUUAAGAGGACAUCACCAAGCAAUUCCCACGACAAUAUGUCAGAUAAAGUCUCUCCUGGAGUUGAAAGAAACCUACGCUUUGGACAUAAUCAAACUACCAGUAGUCCUUUGUACUCAUGGAAGGCUGCAGUUAACCCUGUUAUUAGAUCCACACUUAGCUAUCCUAAAGAAUUUGCAAAUAAUCUCCCAAAUGUAUCUGGUAGGAGUGUCCGAUCACAUAAAGAUGAUAGAAGUUGGAACGUGGGGUCCACUGAUGAUCCGAUGGAUGUUUCUCACGGCCUCGCGGAGAAGAAAUUAAACAGUGAAGAAAACAUCAAUGGUGGUCCUAGAUGGAGAUCUGAUGAAGCGAGUGAUGAGGAAUAUGAUGUGAAUCUGGGAAGAGCUAUGGACAUGGCUUAUUAUGCAACUCCUCUAAAUCGAACAACAAGACGAAGCAGAGUGGUCAGAAGAUGAAAACUAAACUUUCUGGUUAAAGGUUUCGGUUAAAUUUUCUGGGAAGAAACAAGAAAAUGCAUGUUAGUGAGUUGUUUUUAAGAUUAGAGCUUCGCUUUUUCGGAACUCGGGAGUUUUUACUUAUAAAUUUAUGCUGGUCUCCGUUGUGCAGUUAAUAUCCGACGAAGAAAAUUUUAAUGCAAAAGGUGCAUUUUUUGUAUCCCAUUCCUUCAAUGUUAAUCCACGUUAUUUAUUUUCUA